AUGAGGGGGUUGAAAGGCUCGCGAAAGCAUGCUGCUCCUACAUCAGUGUCGGACACUAUUUGUUAUUGUGAUGGUGAGCGCGAGAUAGGAACUAUGGAAUUGUUCUGCUCCGGAUGUAACAAGUGGUUUCACGGUCGAUGUUUGAAGGAUCUGAAGGACUUUUAUGGGCUAAGCUUCAUGGUCUGUUACGUAUUUCAUUGCAAAGACUGCAGUCCGACUUCAGUGGAGACAUGGGUUGCUAAGCAAGCAAGUAGCCAUAUGUGCGUAACAGUUCUUGCUAACCUGACGGCUGAGAAGCUAAAAAAGGAUGGAUUUCAGAAAACUGGCGAACAUAUUUACUUUAACUUACAAAACACGAUUAUUCCGUACUUCGAUGCUAACUGGGAAAAUUUAACAUCAAUGCCUAGGAGGGUGAAAAACACUUGGCACACUACAUUGCAAAAAACCCUUAUCAAGGAUGUCGAACUUUUUAAGGUCAAUCCUGAAGACGAAAAUAGCUUCGCUCUCUUGGAAACAAACCUUGCCGAUAUCGGUCCGGUUAAUGAAUUCGUGAAACAGAUUGGGAAGAAGACAAGCAGUGGUGAGAAAGGUAAUCUCGCCUCAACCCUCGUCAGUGCUCAGCAAGGAGCGGGUAGGACAUCCGGAGUCGACUCCGAUGUGGACGGUGGUCCUAAGACCCGUGGAGCAUCUAAGAGACGAAAUGUUGAUGGAGUAGGCGGUGGAAAGAAACCUAAACUGUGA